ACUUGGCUAAUCUGCAGCGUUCAAGCGUGUGCUAACACAAUACCAAGAAGGAAAGACUUCAGCAAUGAGCUCGGAGCGUCUGCAAAGACAGGACAAAAUGCCCGCAAGAAAGUUGGCAGAAGGAAAAGUGCGUCUCACCUCUGGAGCAACAGCUUCCGCUGAUGGGUCAACCAACACCACUGUCUCAAGAUGUUGCUCUGAUAUUGGCGAAUACGCUGGCCUAAGAAUUCCUACUACGGUACACUUGAUUCUCACAAGUUUAUCCCGGCAGCAGCACUCACUUUGCGCUCUUACCUUGUGUGAUGCGUUUUCCGAGUGAUGGCCGCCGGUAAUCUCAUGCGAUGUUUCCUGAGCGGUGCAGCAACUCUUACCCUCGCGCUAAUCCUGGUACUCAACUUAACGGGCUGGCUGCCGCUGAAGGAAUUUCCAUGGUAACAGUGCCACCGGUGGACGCUCUAUCUCCAUGACAACCACAUCCAGAGAAAGUGCGGUGAGCUGAUGCGGGAUGACCUAGGACUGUGGGUGUUGCCCUCGUGGAAGUCGGUCUCUUGUUCGCGGCCCGACCGCAUGGAUCCCGGCGGAAGUGACCUGGGCUCCAGCCUGCCUCUGCCGGAGAACCCUUGUCUGAUCGUGGAGGAUUCUCAACCCGACAGCGUCGCUCUGGAAGACGACCCCGAGAGUAGCUACAGAGCUGUGCUGGCCCGACGCCUAUCCAACCUGCAGCCCAGCGCCUGUAGCCCGGUCCUGGAACUGAUAUCCUCGCCACUGGGCAGUCGAGGCUCUCAGACCGAUAGCCAACCAGAGAGCUUCCGUACUAACAGCCAGGCUGGACCUGGUCAUCUUGCUCAGCCCAACCAUCGCUCAGAAUACCAAGAAGAGAGUCAGGUUCUCAGCGCCUGCCCUCCUCCACACAAGCAAAAGUCUAACUUACUCAUGGAUUCUGAUUCAGAUCGUUCCACCGUACAUUGUGAUCAGUCUGAAGAGGGAACCUCACAGUUUGGUUUUCUAGCACUGUCUCAGAGUCAGGAUCUUAUUGCUGACGAAGUGAACACCCAGGUGGGCGAUGACCAUAGCAAGCCUCCAGCAGUCAAUGAGACGCACUCCCAAUUAGGUCAUAUGAGUUUGACUACUUCCCACGAGAAUGUUAGCACCGGGACAUCAGAGAACCCUGAUCACAAAGCAGUCAGCUCCUCCAGAUCUGAUGUGGACUCCAGCAGCCCGUCCGGUGAAAAGAUGAACGUAUCUGCUCUAGUACACUCCCAGUGCCUCCAGGACCCCGGUGAGCUGGAGCAGCAGGACCGUGAGAUAAUGUCGUCACAGCAGGACAUGUUUGACGCCGACAAGAGUGAUGUUGCAGUAGACAGCACGGUGUCUGAGCCAGAGCAGCAGGGUCAGCCCACCUCAACACCAGCCCACAGCUUGCGGCUGCUGCAUAUAUCCCAGCAGGGCACACUGGCCCAGGAGGGCCUGUCCCAAAGCUCUGUUGAUUAUGUCGCCCCGACCCCAGACAACUUCCCCCACAUCCCGCUAAUUGUACCCAACUCACCAACAGGAGCAGGGAGCCAGCAGGGUGCCGACGAGCCAAUGGAUGCUUGGCAGCCUCCAGAGGAGCGAGCUGGCCUAAAAAAAGAAGCGCAGAGAGAAGCGGACGCCUCCGCUAAACCUCAGCCACCCACCUCAACUCCUGUAUCCCAGAAUUCUCCUGGUUUUGUUUUGGAGCGACCUCUCUCUUUACCCUCUCAGCCAGAGUUCUCACACGAUGUGUUUGUCCCAACGCUCAGUCAGGAGAGUCCACAUCAGUCGGAAAAGAAGACGCCGUCUCCUCAACUGGAACCAUCUCCUUCAUCAGUACCUUUGCAGCUCUGCUUGGACACGGAGAGCAGCAACUCUGCCCUGAAGAUGUCAGAGGAGAUCAUAGAGGACAGCCAGGCGACCCAGAUAGAAGAACCGGAAGAGCCGCCUGAUGUUGAUACCACUGACUCUGUGCUUCCACAGAGGAGAGAGUGCAACGGCGUCACCUCUGAAUCACCAAUUGCCACCACUUCCAAAGCUUGCAGCCAGCCGACAACUCUUUUGAAUGUACGUGACGUGACCGCGAAAGGAAGCGAGACUGGCGUCAGAGAGUCAAGCUCUCCUAUGGAGGUGUCGGUGAUCUCCCAGGGGUCUGUUGUAGAAGGAACUGUAAAGACUCUGACCCAGUCACCAUCACAGAAAUGUGGAAUGGGUAACAACAGUCAGACUGACAAAGUGGAAAUGAAUGAGCCUGCAGAGGUUGAGGAUGAAGGGGUGACGAUGGAGGAGGUGGGAGGUGUGGCUUUAGUCGUCUCCCAAAGCCAACGGAGGUCCCCUGACCAAAAGGAGAGUGAAGAUGGAGAUGGGAGCGUUGUUGUGGUUGGAGAGAGUGAGAGAGACUCGCAGGCUCCUCCCAAAACAACGCCACAGCUUUUAAAAGGCACGAGUUGUCAGCCAGGCAAAGUGUCGACAUCCACGAACGGCCACGAGGCUGUGGCACCGGAACACGAAGAACUCCGAGACAAGAGCCUUAGUGAUAGCUCGGGAGACAUUUCCUUCCAUUUCACACUUCCUAAAGAAGGGGAGUUGAUUGUGCCUGCUGUUGGAGCUACGCCGCCUCUAAUCAACCAACUGAAGGGGACGCCUAGACACAGCACUCCCAUCGAGGCCUUUUGCGGGAAGUCGAAUGUUGCCGGUGGUGUCAGCGCUGAUGUGGUGAUGGCAGACGUUGCCCCAGCGGAGGACGCUGCAGACAAGGGGGAUAGUAAGCUGAGUCUCAGGAUGAAGUUGGUGACCCCGGUUGAGGAGGGAAGCUCGGAACGUUUCAGCUUGCAGAAACCAGCACUAUCAGAAGAUGAUGAAUCUGUUGCCAAGGUGACUGCAGUUGCCAAGGCUGUAACCAGCAGUCCCUCUGUGUUCAGUCGUGUGCGGCAGGUGCACCGGCAGCAGGAGGCGGAGGAUGACAGACACCUGAAUGAAGGCAACAGCACACCUCUGAGGGGGGAGCCGUUCGCACAGAGAACCACUCAGGCGCCAUUGCAAGGAGGUAACAGCCUCCCCAACAGCCAGUCAGAGGCUUCACAACAGGAAGUGUUGGCAGAGCCACUCGAGGUUGCACCGGAACCACGAGGCCAGGAGCGGCAUGCAACAGUGCUGUCCAACCCAAACCACAAGGACGCCUCUAAGCAGUCCUUAGACAACACCAUCCCUGCCAGCACAUCCAGCAAGAACCCUCCCUUGAAAAGAACUGCUGGCCCCUCCCAUCGCAGGCACGUGCGCACCAUCCAGGAAGUACGAACCACCAUCACACGGAUCAUUACAGAUGUCUAUUAUGAAGAUGGCAAAGAGGUGGACCGCAAAGUCACCGAGGAGAGCGAGGACCCAGUGGUGGACUGUCAAGUGUUGGACAGCGACGUUUCCCAAUGCCACACCGGCAGCAGCUCCCUAACCUCAGGUGACCUCGGCGACAUCAGUUCCUUGUCAUCCAAGGCCUCCAGCCUGCAACACAGUUCCGGAGGUGCCAGCAGCACCACAGGCCUCUCUCGGCCAGAGUUCAUCAUGCCCCCCAGCCGAGGUGCCAGAUCCAUCAGUCCCAGAAGGGGAGGUGGGCAGAAACAGAGGGGUCAUAGGGGUCAAGGGGCAGGGUCGGUGGUCACAAAGGACAGGGGUUAUGGUAUCCUUGGGUCCGGGGCUGUAGCUUCGCUCACCCUCAGAGGACGGGCGAGACGUGGCCGACCCCCGUCCAGGGGAGGAGACGCUAGCUCCCUGCCACGGCUCGGUACUCACCUGUCCUCCUCAGACGAUGAGCCUUACUCCCGCGUACACCCCCCACGCCUCCCAGCCAGCCCCACUGAUGCUGACGUCCCCUGCCACGCCCACUCCCUCCGGUCAUCCCCAGGGGAGGCGAACUUGGCUGGAAGUAGCUUUGUGGGACUGCGAGUGGUAGCCAAGUGGUCUUCCAAUGGUUACUUCUACUCGGGCCGCAUCGUGAAAGAUCCCGGGGAGGGCAGAUUCCGCCUGCGAUUUGAUGACGGGUAUGAGUGCGAGGUGGCAGGGAAAGAUAUCCUUCUGUGUGAUCCCAUUCCACUGGAGACCGAAGUCACCGCUUUGCUGGAAGACCAGUUCUUCAGCGUUGGUGUUGUAAAGGGUUAUAAAACAGAGGGCCAGGAGCUCUUCUAUAGUGUGGAGAGGGAGGGCCAGAAGCAGUGGUACAACAGGACGUCUGUCAUCCUCUCCCUGGAGCAGGGAAACAGACUGCGGGAGCAGCACAGCCUCGGCCCCUAUGAGCCCUCCACUCCCCUGGCCAAAGCCUCCGACAUCAGCCUGGAUAAUUUGGUGGAGGGAAAAAGGCGCCGUCGAGGAACUCCUGGUCCAGACACACCUACCCACAGUUCGUCCAGCAGCCCCCGUACCCCUGGCCCCUCCAGUAAGAGAAGGCUGAAGGCCCUGGAUAAUGACAGCCCACCAGCCAAAAGGGGUCGCAAGGGUCCCGGAGCCAGACCCGGUCAGAGGGUGGGGGUGUGCAACACCUCUGGCAGCGGCACAGAUUUCCCUGGUCAGCCACAUGACCCUGCAGAAAGUCACGGCCCCUUGCCCCAGAACACAUCUCUCUUCAUGGGCUUCGCCUUCAUGCUGACCGCCUCGUCCGAGAGCGACCGACUGACCAAUAAGCUCGCAAGUGAUGACGAUGAGGAGGAAGAUUAUGUGCAGACGGGUCCUUACAACAAAGCGUACACAGAGUCUCAGCUACAAGCAGGUGGAGGCUUUGUCCUGCCGGACUUCAACGAAGAACAGUGCAAAGCCGCCUACCAGAGUUUGCUGAUCGCAGACCAGCACUGCCGUACCAGGAAGUACGUGCUAUGCCUGGCCAGCGGCGUGCCUUGUGUGUCACAUAUUUGGGUGCGAGACUGCUGCAAAGACAACAAGCUGCUCAACUACAGAAACUACCUACUGCCUGCCGGCGUGGGCCCGGACGACAGCAUUGUGGAAUGGCAUCCCCGCUGUAGUCCUUUUAAGGAUCUGCGGGUUCUUGUGGUGUUCGAGAAGCCAGUGGAGCUUUGGUCGCAGCUCGCCACCAUGGGCGGAGCGUCCACCGUCCGACACUUCCAUGCAGACAAGGACAGCACCGACGUUCCCGCCGGCAAGUACGACGUGGUGGUGACAGACCACUCCUGCCCUCCUUCGUUGGAGAAAAAGAUGACAUCACUGGAAGUCCCACUGGUGUCUGCCGAGUGGCUCAUCCAGAGUGUCAUCUGUGGGGAGCGCCUGGACUUCCACAGCAAGCCUCAGUAUCGUCAUAAUUCUGCCUCUUCACUGUCGUCGUCGUCAUCAUCAUAAUACACCUGUGCAAACUUCCAACACGCUUCAAGAGAUUUGUUCUGUUGCAUGCCGUUACUUUGUAUUCCACCAUUCUGUCUGUUUUUAUGAAUAAUACAUUUUGACCCUUCUUUCAGUCGUGGAUUGUUUUAUUUCAGACACGUUUUUAGUAUUUACACUUUGUACAAAAGGGACAUAUUUAGGAUAUCAAAUAUCCAAGGUAGUUGACCGUGUCGCCACCUCUUAAACCUGAAAGCAUCUUUGGGAGUCUCUCUGAGGAGGCGGGCAUGCACGGACCACAGCGCAGAUCAAGUCGAGUCUAGUGAAAGUGGCCCUUUUUUUGCGCUUUCAAACGUAGUUUUAAAGACGUCACAGGAAAGACCACCGGCAAUGGACAAGACUGAUGGGAGCUUCUUCUGAAAGAGGUUACAAUAGUCGUCCUUUUGUAGUCUUCUUAAACACUACGAUGAGAAAAAAAGAACAUUUUAAUCAGACAACUAUACAAAUCCAAUACAGUUUUAUCCCCGCAUAUUUGCAGAUUUUUAGUAAAAAAAAAAAUAAAAAAAAAAUUCCCUCCAAGGUUCCUAAGGAUUUGACGUUUGAAAAUUGCAUACUUUUUCCAGGCUCCUUUAAUACAUGUAUAUCAUGAGCUGCAACAAUUAAUCAAUGAUUAACCUAUUAUCCAAUUAACUAGUUUGCUAUUUGAGCUAUUUUUUUUUUUAUUUAAAAAUGUUAAUAUCCUUUGAGUUCAGCCUCUCAAAUGUGAUAAAAAUACUUCCUUUGUUAUCCGUGAAAGCAGGGCUAUUCAAAACAAGAUACAGUUGUCCCUCACAAUAUCGCGGUAUCCAUUACUUCCAUUUUUUUUUUUAAAUUAAUAAAUGAUUGCUGUUUCGUGGUAGACUAUGGUCUCUUAUUAGCCAAAACAUGUUGAAAUACAAGUGAUAUGUAGUAAUCUCGUCGCAGGCGGCAGUAAUGACACAAAACAUGGAGAUGUUACCUUACAUAACAUUACCUUAACACUGCAUGAAGUCAGCCAUGGCAUGUCUGACAUGAUGGAAUGGGAAAAAAAGCGUUCUCCUCACAUUCUGUGUGGAAGUGGUACAUUUUAGGCUAACUGGUUAGCUCCCUAGCUUGCGGCUAUCUCAAGUCCCUGGAGCGUAAUAGUUGAGCAAUGUGUUGUAAACAAAGCAUAAUAGGAGUGUAAAGGUGAUAUAGGGGUGUUAUUUAAUGUCUACAAGCUCUAAUAAUGUUAGACGUAUUUAGAAAAUCAUAAACAGGUUUUCUAUGCGCGAACUAAUUUAUUAACAUUGAAUCCUAUAUCGUGGAAAUUCAUUUAUCUGGAACCAAUUAACCGCUAUAAACAAGGAAACUGUGGUCCGCGGGCCACAUCAGGCCUGCCAAGCGCCUUAAUCUAGCCCACCGGGCGUUUCCAUUUAAAAAAAAAAAAAGACUUUAACAUCGAAGCUGUAGCCGCGAACAUAACUUGCAGUGCUAUUAAGCCACACAAAAUAGUCUUAAUACCGAUGCGAAAAUUACACCCAUAUAUUCCUGCCGCAAGGUAUGCUGGGUAGCUUGUGCUCGUCUCUCUCCCAACAUAUCGCAUUUGUGCUUGAUUGCAAAAUAUGUUGAGGCGGUUGUCAGGGAAGUCAACGAGGAGGGAUGUCAACAUAGUGUUGAUACCAAAUGUUAGCAUUUU